CAUAUUUGUAUCAUACCGCUCCUUCUCUCGACGAGCAAAUCCCCUCAGAUAUCCUCCAGCAGUGUAUCAAGCACGACUAAAGCCUACUAUGACAUCUUCAAUACCCCAGCUGCCGGACACGGAUCCUUCGAGUUGUGUGUUGGAUGCGUACCGAAUAGCCAUUGCAAAAAGGCUGUCGGAGACUCUUCCUUUGACGCUCCAGAAAGCUUAUGACGGCGUUGAUUACGGGAAGAAGGGCGAGGACUUCACUGUUGCGCUGCCGAGGUUCAGACUACCAGGAAAAGUAGACGAGGUCGCGGCCAAAGUCAUUGAAAACUUCCAACCCGACGAAUGGAUAUCAACUAUCGUCCACGACAAAGCAUUUCUCCACUUCAAACUCAAUACCGAGAGCAUGAUUCACGAUAUCCUAACCCAAGUACAUGCACUCACCCAUCUCACCCCCUCAAAACAACCGGAAUAUGGCACAAACUUGACAGGCAAAGGCAAAAAGGUCGUCAUUGAGUACUCGUCGCCAAAUAUCGCAAAGAGCUUCCAUGUCGGUCACUUGAGGAGCACCAUAAUUGGUGGUUUCCUCGCCAACCUCUACAAGGCUUGCGGUUGGGAGGUCACCUCUCUCAACUAUCUAGGUGAUUGGGGAACUCAGUUUGGUAUGAUAGCAACCGGAUAUGAAAAAUAUGGUUCACAAGAGGAGCUCGAGAAGGACGCGAUCAAACAUCUUUUUGACGUCUACGUGAAAGUCAACAAGGAUGCGGAGGCUGAUCCAGAGGUCAAGGUUGAAGCUGCAAGGUGGUUCAAGCGUAUGGAAGAUGGUGACGAGUCUGCGCUGAAGAACUGGCGUGUAUGGAGGGAGUUGAGUGUCAAGAAGUAUGAGGGGGAGUACGAGCGGCUAAAUAUCCAUUUCGACGAAUACACUGGAGAGAGCAUGGUGGGCAAGGAAUCCAUGGAUACAGCACUGAAGAGACUUGAAGAGCUUGGUCUCAUUGCGGAUAGCAACGGUGCUAAGAUUGUUGAUUUGAAAAAGUACAAACUCGAAUCAGCUGUUGUCCGAAAGAAAGAUGGUACCUCCAUCUACCUUACUCGAGACAUCGGUGGCGCCAUUGAACGAUACGAGAAAUACAAAUUCGAUAAGAUGAUCUACGUCGUAUCCUCCCAACAAGACUUGCACCUUGCGCAGUUCUUCAAAGUGCUCGACCUCAUGGAGUUCCCAUGGGCCAAGAACCUUGUGCACGUCAAUUAUGGCUUGGUGCAGGGCAUGAGUACCCGCAAGGGUACUGUGGUGUUCCUCGACCAGAUUAUCAAGGAGGCGGCAAGCGUCAUGCACGAUCAGAUGAUGAAGAAUGAGGACAAGUAUAACGCCGUUGAGGACCCAGAAACUGUUUCCAGGGAGAUUGGCAUUACUGGUGUCAAGAUCCAGGAUAUGGCCGCCAAACGAAUCAACAACUACACAUUCAAUUGGGACCGAAUGAAGUCGUUCGAGGGCGACACAGGGCCGUAUCUCCAAUACGCACAUGUUCGAUUGGCCUCCAUAGGUCGUAAAAACCCACACCUUAUCCCUCUCCCCCCGCCAUCGCAAAUCGACACCACAUCUCUAUCCUCUUAUUCCCAAGCCCGGGAGAUUGCCUUCCUCUUGGGCACAUACCCAGACGUAGUGAAAGUGGCACUGAAGACGCACGAGCCGAGUGGGGUGGUUACCUUUGCGUUUAGGCUGGCGCAUGCGAUUUCGAGCGCGUGGGAUGUGGUCAUUGUAAAGGGUGAAGAAGACCUAGAAAAAGCAAGGGCGAAGAUGUUUUUGUACGAGUGUACUCGGGACGUGUUGGGGAGUGCGUUGAGAUUGCUUAGUAUCAGGCCAUUGGAAAGGAUGUGAUUGGAAUUUGGACAUAGAUAGAAGUUGAAGAUGUUCAGUGUAAGAAUAGAAUUUGUAGUAAUUGUUUAUUUUUCCAGUUU